AUGGAUAUAGGAGAAGCGGAAGAUGAAAUACAGUUUCUGCGAACUAGGGAUGAGCUGGUAUUGAGGUGUUGCUCAUCAGGCCCUCAUCAGCAGAAACUGUGUUUAGCUGCAGAAGGUUUCGGUGACCGGCUGUGUUAUCUUGAGUCCACCUCCAACUCAAAGAAUGUUCCCGCAGACCUUUCUGUGUGUGUGUUUGUGCUUGACCAGUGUCUGUCUGUCCGAGCGCUGCAGGAGAUGCUGGCCAACCAUGAAGAUCAGUAUGCAGGGGUGGGUAAUGUAGUCAAAGGUGUACGUAUUCAUGUUUCACGUGAGGCAGCUGGGCGUCGUACUCUGCUCUAUGGCCAGGCGGUUCUCUUUCGACAUGUCUACAGCGACAUGUAUCUCUGCUGUCUGUCCACAUCAGGCCUCUCCUCUGACAAGCUGGCUUUUGAUGUUGGUUUGCAGGAGGACACAAAGGGUGAGGUGUGUUGGUGGACGGUUCACCCUGCCUCUAAACAGAGGUCCGAGGGUGAGAAAGUCAGAGUGGGUGAUGAUCUAAUCUUAGUUAGUGUUUCCUCUGAGAGAUACCUACAUGUGUCGUGGAGUAAUCGUGAAGGUAAUGACAAUGGCAUUGGCCGGGUGGAUGCUGCUUUCCAGCAGACAUUGUGGAGUGUGGCUCUUGUUUCUACUCAGACUGCAGAGACGCAGGGUCAUGUGAGAGGAGGGGAUACUGUGCGUCUGCUACAUGGACACACAGAUGAAUGUUUGACCAUUCCUGCAGCAGAACACAGACGGGAGGAACGCAGAUCUGUACAUUUUGAGGGGGGCUCGGUAUCUCUUCAUGCUCGAUCUUUAUGGAGGCUUGAAACGUUACAUGUUGCGUGGAGUGGCAGCCACACACACUGGGGUCAGCCUUUCCGUCUUCGCCACCUUUCCACCGGCUUAUACCUGGGACUGACUCAGGAUCGGGGACUACAGCUGGUGGAGAGAGAAAGAGCUGAUGUUAAAUGCACUGCGUUCUGUCUCCGUGCAUCAAAGGAAGAGAGCCAGGAGAGCUCACACUUUAAGAGGAGAGAUUGCAUGGGUGCACCUGAGAUCAAAUAUGGAGACUCUCUCUGCUUCAUUCAGCACUUUGACACAGGGCUUUGGCUCACAUAUCAGACCACUGACUCCAAGAGACAGAAGGAAAGUGUGCCACAGAGACAGGCUGUUUUGCAAGCAGAAGGUCACAUGGAUGAUGGAAUCACCCUCUCUCGCUCUCAGAGGGAGGAGUCAGAAGCUGCUUGUUUAAUUCGAAGCUCCGCCCUUCUCUUCUCAAAAUUCAUUAGGGGAUUAGAUGAUGUCAGCCAAAAGGAAAACAUCACGAAUUUGGAUCUUCCAAUUGAGAUGGUCCAUCUGACCCUCCAGGAUUUGCUUGGUUAUUUUCAAUAUCCUGAAAUGGGGCAGGAUCAUGAGGUCAGACAGGGAGAUAUUAGAGCACUGAAAAAAAGACAAAAUCUUUUCCAAGAUGAGGGUAUAAUCACUCUGGUGCUGGACUGCAUCGAUCACUUGCAUGUGUACAACAGUGCCACUCAUUUUGCAGAGGCUGCUUGGAAAGAGGCAGGAGAGUCUUGGGAAAUUAUCUUGAACUCUUUUUAUGAGCUACUAGCUGCCCUUAUCAGGGGUAAUCGGAAUAACUGUGCCCACUUUUCUGGUUCCUUGGACUGGCUGGUCAGCAGACUGGAGAGGCUGGAGGCUUCCUCUGGAAUAUUGGAAGUGUUACACUGUGUUUUAGUAGAAAGUCCUGAAGCUUUGAACGUUAUUAAGGAAAGUCACAUAAAAUCUAUAAUCUCACUUCUGGACAAACAUGGAAGGAACCAUAAGACCUUGGAUGUGUUGUGUUCACUCUGUGUGUGUCAUGGCAUGGCCGUCCGCUCUAAUCAGCAUUUGAUUUGUGACACACUGCUGCCAGAAAGAGACCUGCUGCUACAAACAAGACUGGUUAACCAAGUUUUCAGUGUGCGUCCAAACAUCUUUCUGUGUGCAAAAGAUGACUGUGCCCAAUACAAGAAGUGGUAUUAUGAGGUUGUAGUUGAGAAGGCAGAGCCUUUUGUGACAGCAGAGCCUACUCAUCUGCGAGUCGGUUGGGCCAGCACUGAAGGGUACCGUCCCUCCACCACAGGGGGUCACAGCUGGGGGUCAAACGGUGUAGGAGAUGACCUCUGCUCUUACGGCUUUGAUGGACUCCAGCUCUGGACAGGAGGUGUAGGUCAGAGGGUCACCUCACCCAAUCAGCACUUGCUAAGGGAGGAUGAUGUCAUUAGUUGCUGUCUUGACCUUAGUGCAAUCUGCAUCUCUUUCCGGGUCAAUGGACAGCCAGUUCAAGGCAUGCUGGAGGACUUCAGUGUGGAUGGGCUGCUGUUUCCAGUCGUCAGCUUCUCAGCUGGAGUGCAGGUGCGUGUGCUGUUUGGAGGUCGACAGGGGGAGUUUAGGUUUCUUCCUCCAGCUGGUUUCUCUCCAUGUGCUGAAGCUCUCCUCCCAAAAACCCGCUGCAAGCUGGGACUGUUUCACAAACUCACACGAAAUCACACCGAAAGCCAGCGUGACCUCUUAGGCCCUGUGGUACCUAUAAGCCCAGUGACCUUUAUCCCCAUUCCAGUGGAUUCCAGUGAGGUUGAAUAUCCUCCACAGCUGGAGCAGAUCAGAGAAAUAUUAGCAGAAAACCUCCAUGAACUCUGGCUUAUUGACAAAAUAGAGCAGGGGUGGACCUACGGACCUGUUAAAGAUGAGAGCAGAAAAAUACACUUGUGUCUAGUUGAGUUUUCCAAACUUCCAGAUCAGGAGCGAAUUCAUAACCUCCAGUCAUCUGAGGAUAUCCUCAGGACUCUUCUGGCUUUUGGUGUCCAUAUUGGACUCUCUGAUGAACAUGCCGAGGAGAAUGUGAAAUAUGUCCGCCUUUCAAAUAAGUAUGAGUUAUGGAAUGGAUAUAAACCAGCCCCGGUGGAUCAGUCCCGUGUCGUGCUAACAGCUGCACAGGAAGAGCUGGUGGACAAACUGGCUGAGAAUGAACACAACAUCUGGGCCAGAGAGCGUAUCAGGCAGGGCUGGAGCUGUGGACCACAGCAGGAUGUAAUGUAUAAGAGAAGUACUCAACUAGUGCCAUUUUCCCUGUUGGACGAGAAGACCAAACAGGCUGGUAGAGAUGCCAUGAAGGACGCACUGGGUACCCUUCUUGGUUUUGGAUAUACUGUGGAACCGCUGGAGCAAGAACAUGCUUCAAGCAGCAAUAUUAAGUCUGUGACUGCAGAGAGAUUUCGGAUUUUCCGUCUGGAGCAGCUCUUCGCAGUGCAUGAUGGAAAAUGGUACUUUGAGUUUGAGGCCAUAACUGAUGGAGAGAUGAGAGUGGGCUGGGCACGACCUGGGUGUAAACCCGACGUGGAUCUUGGGUCAGACAAUCAGGCCUUCGUGUUUGAUGGUUCUAAGGGACAGUGGUGGCAUGGUGGGGCAGAGCGAUUGGGUGGCAGCUGGAAGAGGGGGGAUGUAAUUGGCUGUUUGUUGGACCUGACUACAUGCACUAUGAUGGUUACUCUUAAUGGAGAGCUACUGCUAAACAGUCGUGGUUCUGAAGUGGCUGUAAAAGACUUCAAUAAAUCUGACGGUUUUCUGCCUGUCUGUAGCAUAGGGAUCAACCAGGUGGGUUGUUUAAAUUUGGGUCGUCAGGUUGACUCACUAAAAUACUUCAGUGUUUGUGGCCUACAAGAGGGAUACCAGCCCUUUGGUUUGAACAUGAGCAAAGAGAUACCACUAUGGAUGAGCUGGAGAGAGCCUUUGUUCAUUUCUAUAUCCAAUGACCAUCCUAACAUACAGGUGAUUCGUGUUGAUGGAACAGUUGACAACACUCCAUGUCUGAAAGUAACACAGAAGUCUUUUGGGCAGCAGGAAAGGGGCACAAGCGAUGUUGGAUUUUACCGUCUGAGCAUGCCAAUAGAGUGUGCACAGGUUUUCUCCAGCCCCGGUGAGGUCACUGUGCCCCCCAGCAGCAGUGUGGUGUGCCACCUCAGAGAUCCAGAGGAGGGAGAUGCAAAUUCUGACUUUGAGGUACUGAUGAAAGCUCACAGAUACGCAGGAUCCAGAGAUGAACUCAAUAAUCACAAAGACCACAGUCAGGAAAAGCCAUCUAGACUCAAACAGCGGUUUCUGCUGAAGAAGAAACCAGAGUUAAACACCACCCACUCAUCAGCACGUUUGUUGGAGGAAGUGAUGGCCAUCGAGAAAGAUGAAAACAACCGCCUUGUUCAUUGCACUACGUAUUAUUACUCUGUGAGAAUCCCCUACAGUCAGGAGCCGUUUUAUGUUUGGGUUGGGUGGGUAACCUCUAAGUUCCACCAUCAUGAUUUGCCCUUUGACCUGGACAGCAUUUGUACUGUCACAGUCACUCUUGGGGAUGAAUGGGGCAAAGUUCAAAAGAGUGUCAAGCGUAGCAGCUGUUACAUGGUGUGUGCAGCAGAGGGCAGUAGUUUGUCCCAUAGCCGCAACAGCAGUGGCCUGGAGAUUGGAUGUCUGGUUGACACUGCAACAGGGCUCCUGACAUUCACUGCUAAUGGCAAAGAACUUGCAACAUACUACCAGGUGGAUCCAGGAACCAAGCUCUUCCCUGCUGUAUUUGCUAAAGCCACAAGUUCUAAUGUCUUCCAGUUUGAAUUGGGACGUAUCAAGAAUGUGAUGCCACUAUCAGCGGGAGUUUUUCGGAGUGAAAGAAGAAAUGCAAAACCUCAGUGCCCUCCUAGAUUGUGUGUUCAACACCUAACGCUUAUGCGGUGGACCCGAGUACCUGACCACACUCAGCCUGUGGAAGUGACCCGUCUGGAGGAGAGAUAUGGCUGGAGAGCUCGCUGCACUCAGAUCCGUCAGAUCAUGACCCUGCAUAUACCUGAGGAGAACAGGUGUGUUGACAUUCUGGAACUGUCCGAACUGCAUGAUCUCCUGAAGUUCCAUGAUCACACCCUUCACCUCUACUCAGCCCUUUCAGCUCAUGGAAACACACAUGUAAGCCACGCCCUCUGCAGCCAUGUGGACCAAUCACAACUCUUGUUUGCCUUGCAGUGCUCUAGAAUGCCAGGUCACCUGCGGACAAGUUACUACAACUUCCUCAUCAACACCCACCUCGGUGCCCACGCCAGUGCCAGGCAGGCCAUGACCCACGAAUACAUUGUGCCUAUGACGGAUGCCACGCAGUCUACUAUGCUCUACAAAAACAAUAGGAAGGUGCAGAGAUUCCCAGGAAGUGACUUCAGCACUUCCUUAUGGCCCAGAAUGCGUUUUACGUCACCUUGCUUCAUCAGAGCUAAUAGAAUAGACGUGAUGGAUAGAGAUGAGGGCGGGGCUUUGUGGAGUAACUUGCGACAAAACAGCCCAGAGAUCCCAUUGGAUGUAUUAAAGGAUGUUGUCAUAACAAUGCUGAAGAAGGCAGUGGCAGCAGUAGGGCAGGGUGUGAGGGAUCCUGCAGGGGGAAGCAUAGAGCUCCUUAUGGUUCCUUUGCUCAGUUUACUUCACACUCUCCUGCUGAUGGGUGUGUACCAGGGGACAGAUCUGGAGGCCGUGUUUAGUCUCAUCCUGCCAGCCAGUUACAUGAGAGGAACAUGUAAAACAGAAGAGAUGGAUGAACUGGAAGAAAGUGAUGGAGAAAGAGAGGAAAAGGAGGGUAGAGAUUGGGAGGAUAAUGUCCCUCAGCAAAAUCUUCUUCAGAUGAAGCUUCCAGAAGCUGUCAAAUUACAGGUGUGCCACCUUUUGAAGUACCUGUGUGACUGCCAGGUACGUCAUAGAGUAGAAGCCGUGAUGUCGUUCUCAGGUGACUUCGUAGGUCGUCUUCAAGACAACCAACGCUUUCGAUACAAUGAAGUUAUGGAUGCGCUCAACAUGUCUGCUGCUCUCACGGCAUGCAAAACUAAAGAGUUCCGUUCCCCGCCUCAGGAACAGAUAAACAUGAUGUUGAGCUUCCGGGAAGAGUGUCAAGAAUGUCCUUGUCCAGAGGACGUCCAAGAUUUGAUGUGGGAAUUCCAUCAGGAUCUAAUGAGCCACUGUGGAAUUGAGAUAGACAGUGAUUCAGAGAAUGAGGAUGAGGACAACCAGUCAGUCAGGAAUCACCUCCAAAGCCUAGUGGAUAAAAUAAUUAAUUUAAAGAGGAGAAUGUCUGGUCUGCCUGAAGAGAUUACCUCUCCCUUUCUAGUCUCACUACAGCAGCUGAUAUUAGAGACCAUGCUUCACUGGGCCCAGGAGGGGACGAUAGAAGACCCAGCUCUGGUGCGUGCUGUUUUCAGCCUGCUGCAUCAACAGUAUGCUGGGCUGGGAGGCCAGAUGUCUGCACCACUACAGAAGGCUUACUGUAUCAGCCAGACAUCUGUGGAAGACACUCUUAAUCUACAGUGGGCUCUAGCACGCAUUCGUUCAUUGCUCACAGCCAGGAUGGGCAAAGAGGAGGAGGAACUCAUGAUCAGAGGACUAGGUGACAUUAUGAACAAUAAAGUUUUCUAUCAGCAUCCUAAUCUGAUGAGAGCUCUGGGGAUGCAUGAGACCGUCAUGGAAGUUAUGGUGAAUGUCCUUGGUGCUAGAGAAUCUAAGGAAAUCAUGUUUCCUAAGAUGGUUGCGCACUGCUGUCGUUUCCUUUGUUAUUUCUGUCGAAUCAGUCGGCAUAAUCAGAGGGCCAUGUUUGAUCAUCUCAGCUACCUGCUGGACAACAGUAAUGUUGGACUUGCUUCUCCCUCAAUGAGAGGAUCAACUCCUCUGGAUGUGGUGGCUGCUUCUGUCAUGGACAACAAUGAACUGGCUCUUGCUCUUACAGAGGGAGAUCUAGAGAAAGUGGUGCAGUAUUUGGGAGGCUGUGGUUUGCGUAGUUGUGCUCUGCUGGUCUCCAAAGGAUACCCAGAUAUUGGUUGGAAUCCUGUAGAGGGAGAACGUUACCUGGACUUCCUGCGUUUUGCAGUAUUUUGCAAUGGUGAGAGUGUUGAGGAGAACGCCUAUGUGGUAGUGAGGCUUCUGAUUCGCCGACCUGAAUGCUUUGGCCCCGCCCUUCGCGGGGAGGGGGGAAAUGGUCUUUUAGCAACUAUUGAGGAAGCCAUCAGAAUUUCCCACCUGCAGGAUGGAACCAGUGCAGCCAGUACACACAGUUCCAACCGGACACUUGACACGCUUGAUGAUGAAGAUGAUGAUGUCAUUCACAUGGGACACGCCAUAAUGACCUUCUACUCUGCUCUCAUUGAUCUGUUGGGUCGUUGCGCCCCUGAGACGCAUCUCAUAGAAGCGGGGAAAGGUGAGGCCAUUCGGAUCAGGGCAAUCUUGAGGUCUCUCGUUCCCAGAGAGGAUCUGGAGGGAAUCAUCAAUAUUCCUUUUAGUUUACCACUUGUAAACACAGAUGAUCUAGUGGUGGAGCCUGACAUGUCUCGGAUAUUUUGUCCGGAUCACAAAGCAGCCAUGGUGCUGUUUUUGGACCGGGUUUAUGGAGUUCAGGACCAGCAGUUUUUGCUGCGUCUACUGGAGAAUGGUUUCCUGCUGGACCUGCAAGCGGCUGUUAACAUGGAUGCUAUGGGGUUAGGUGGAACAGAUAUGGCACUGGCCCUUAAUCGAUACAUAUGUGUGGCUGUGCUGCCAUUGCUGAGUAAGUAUUCCUCUCUGCUGUGUGACUCCUCUUCACUGCGGACUGGGCUGGUGGAUGAGCUCCUGCAGGGUGUCUACAGCCUCUCUAAAGCCAGCGGACUGACCAAGGCCCAGAGAGAUGCUAUCCAGGACUGUCUGCUGGCAGUGUGCGGAAAACUGAAUCCCUCCAUGUUGCAGUCUCUGCUGCAGAAUCUUGUGUUUGACGUCCCUCAACUAUCAGAAAACUCCAAGAUGCCACUCAAGCUGUUGACCAAUCAUUAUGAGCAGAGCAGGAAGUACUACUGUCGGAAUGAUGGAUGGUGUGGCUUUGGCUCUGCCUCAGAGGAAGAACUUCGUCUGACCAGAAAGCUGUUUUGGGGGAUAUUCAGUGCUCUUGCCAAAAAAUCUUAUGAUCCAGACCUAUUCAAACUGGCCCUGGGUUGUCUCAGUGCAGUUGCCGGGGCGAUUCCUCCUGACCACCUUGACCCGAGCUGCACAAGAGGACAAGAGAGACACUCAACGAUGGAUUCAGAGAGACGGUUUUGUCCUCGACCCCUGGACACCUCAAAUGUGACAAUCCCAGAGUUGCUUGAGUUUGUGGUGAACAAAUACGCUGAACAUACACAUGAGAAAUGGUCCCUGGAAAAGUUUGGUAACGGUUGGGUUUAUGGAGAACAGUUUUCUGAGAGUGCUAAAGUUCAUCCACUCCUAAAACCUUACAGAGCUCUGUCUGAGAAGGAUAAAGAAGGUUAUCGAGCGGUCAUUAAAGAGACAGUGAAGUGCAUGCUGGUCUUGGGAUGGACUAUUGAGAGGACCAAUGAUGGGGAGUCACAAGGCUUUCACAACCCAGCUCGGAGGAUUUCACAGUCUGGCAAGCUGUCUUUUGAAGGAGCUUCCACAUUCAGUCCAAAGCCUGUGGAUACCAGCAGUGUCACUCUGACCUGGGAUCAGUAUGCCAUGGCAGAGCGGUUGGCUGAGAAUUAUCAUCACAUCUGGGCAGCCAGGAAACUGCAGGAACUGGAGAGUAAAGGAGGGGGCAGUCACCCUCUGCUUGUACCGUACAAUGCUCUGAGCGUUAAAGACAAGAGUCGAGUCAGAGACAAAGCUCAAGAUGUUCUCAAGUUCUUCCACAUCAAUGGGUACUCAGUGAGGAGGAACAGAAAGGUGGCAGAUGCUGAUUCCCCAGCGAUUGUGAGCCGCUUCGCUUACGGCCUGUUACAGCAAGCCCUCUGUCUCACUGAGCAAGCCCAGGAGCAGUUACUAGAGCUGGGGCAGAUUAACAGGGCUGAGAAAGUUCCCCAUGAACAACAAAUUCAUUUCUUUAUUAAGGUUGUAUUGCCACUAUUAGAUCAAUACUUCAAAAAUCACUAUCCCUACUUCCUCUCCACUACGUGUUCACUUAGAGAUGGCUGCCAGUCCACCAAUAAAGAAAAAGAGAUGGCCACAAGUUUAUUCUGUAAGCUCGGAGCUCUAGCCAGACGCAGAAUCUCUCUGUUUGGAAAUGAUGCCCUUGCUUUGGUGAGCUGCCUACAAAUCCUGGCACAGUCCCUGGAUGGAAGGAUGUUAAUGAAAACCACUAACGAAUCCGUCAGGCUGUCGCUGUGGUCGUUCUUUGAAGGCGCGGCAGAAGACCUCGAGCUAACAGUAGAUAAUGUGACCUGGGAUGAGUAUGGCCUGAACCGAGCCCAAGGCAGGGGAGACAGUGAGGUCAUAACGUACACCACCGCCCUGAUCCCAGUGCUCAACGCUCUAUUCCUGCACGACGCCCAGAGGCAGCAUGGAGGGGGACUGAUCGUGGAUGAAGUGCACUCCUGUUGCUACAGGAUCCUCAGCUGUCUAUACAUUCUUGGCACCUGCAGUGGUACAUUCAUUGAGAGGCAGAGGUCGGUCUUGGGGGAGUGUCUGGCUGCUUUAUCUGUAGCCUUUCCUGUGUGUUUCUUGGAGCUGACUGACCUUCAUUCCCUCUUCGACACUAUGAGUAAUGAAGAGAGUGAAGCCUGUAGGCUCCUCCCCACUUUGCAGGAGGCUUUCUCAGAGGUUGAAGAGCUCGCAGAGGCAGGACCAGUGGCCCGUCAUGCCCUUUUGACAAAGGUUACUGAGGUGACGCUUCCUCUGCUGUGUAGUUAUGUCUCUCGCUGGGGGGAAGCUGAUAACCAAGCAUCCCAGGAGGGCCACUUUUCUUGUGUCACACCCCAGCAUGCUAAUGCCCUACUGGGUCACAUCCUCUCCAUCAUCCACGCCCAUCUGGGGACCGCAGACAGUGCUUGGAUGAAACGCCUCGCAGUAUUUGGCCAGCCUCUCAUCAGCAAGGCAGAGCCACACCUCCUGAAGAGCCACUUCCUGCCUUUGAUGGAAAAGUUGAGGAAGAGGGCAGAGUCAGUUCUCCUGGAGGAGGAGCAUUUGAAGACAGCGGGGCGUGGCGAUGUCUCAGAGCAGGAGUUAGACAUCCAGGAAAGGUUUACUGUGUUGGUCCAAGAUAUCUACUCGUUUUACCCUUUACUCAUUCCAUUUAUAGACCUUCACAGAAUGAGUUGGCUGAGAGAGGUGGAGGCAGAUGCUGAGAAGCUUUUCUCCCUCGUAGCUGAAGUCUUCAUUUUUUGGGCUAAAUCUCAUAAUUUCAAAUGGGAAGAACAGAACUUUGUUGUUCAAAAUGAAAUCAACAACAUGACAUUCCUGGUGAACAGCAGCAAAAGCAGGAUGUAUAAGGGAGGGGUGUGCAACCAGGAGAGGAGAAAGGUGAAGAGGAAGGGUGAUUGUUACUCCACACACACCUCUCUCAUUUUGGCAGCACCAAAAAAACUCCUCUCGGUUGCCAUGAAUGGAUGUUGCCAUGGCUAUCAGGGCCUGGUCACUCAUGCCAAAAGCCGUUUCUCUCAGAGGGACACAGAGGAUGAGGUCAGAGCGUACAUUCGCAGCAACCUUCCUGUGAAAAUUCUAUUUGAGCCUCCUCACCUGGCUUUUCUUUUUUCUUUUUGCCAGGAUCUGUGUGAAUACUCAAUAGAUCCCCUCAGUGUUGAGAGGAUCUUAAGCAUCGCUCGUGUUCUUUUCCAUCUGGAUCAGGUUAGACUGGGAAUGAAUUACUACAAUCAGGUGGAGCGCCCUCAGAAGACGAAGAGGGCAGUGUGGCAUAGGAUGUUGUCUAAGCAGAGGAAACGGGCUGUAGUUGCUUGUUUGAGAAUGGUUCCUUUGUACAAUCUCCCCAGGCACAGAGCGGUGAACCUUUUCCUGCAGGGUUAUGAGAGAGUCUGGCUGAAGGCAGAGCGUGACUCACCUGAGGACAGACUAAUUGAGGAUUUGGCUGUGAGUGGAGCGGAGCAGAGAAACAACAUCGAUCCACUCCGUCAGCUUAUCAAUCUCUUCAGUCAAAGUGCCUUGACUGAGAGGAGUAAGCUUGAGGAUGAUGACCAGUACAUGUGCUAUGCUGACAUCAUGGCCAAGAGUUGCCAAAGUGAGGAAGACCAGGAUGAAGAUGGCCUGAAGUCAUUUGAGGAAAAAGAGAUGGAAAAGCAGAGGCUGCUGUAUCAGCAGGGCCGACUUCAUGAACGCGGAGCUGCUGAGAUGGUCCUACAGAACCUCAGCGCCAGCACAGGUGAUAUGGGGCCUAUGGUAGCAGCCACAUUAAAGCUGGGCAUUGCAAUCCUGAAUGGAGGAAACACGUCUGUCCAGCAGAAAAUGCUGGAUUACCUGCGACAGAAGAGAGACGUGGGCUUCUUUCACAGUCUGGUCGGCUUAAUGCAGUCUUGCAGCGUGCUGGAUUUGAACGCAUUUGAGAGGCAGAUCAAAGCAGAGAGUUUAGGAGUGGGUGCUGAGGACAGUUCAGGCGACAGAGUAAUGGCAGAUGAACAGCUGACCUGUGAUCUUUUCCGAUUCCUCCAGCUUCUUUGUGAAGGCCAUAAUACUGACUUCCAGAACUACCUGCGGACUCAAACUGGAAACAACACAACGGUCAACAUCAUCAUCUCCACUGUGGACUAUCUGCUCAGGGUUCAGGAGUCCAUCAGUGAUUUCUACUGGUAUUAUUCAGGGAAGGAUGUGAUUGAUGAGCGUGGUCAGCACAACUUCUCCAAAGCCAUCAGCGUGGCCAAGCAGGUGUUCAACACACUCACUGAAUACAUUCAGGGUCCGUGUACAGGAAACCAGCAGAGUUUGGCCCACAGUCGUCUGUGGGACGCUGUAGUUGGCUUCCUCCAUGUGUUUGCCCAUAUGCAAAUGAAGCUUUCUCAGGAUUCUAGUCAAAUAGAGCUGCUGAAGGCUUUGAUGGACUUACAAAAAGACAUGGUGGUAAUGCUGCUUUCCAUGCUUGAAGGAAAUGUAGUGAAUGGGACCAUUGGGAAACAGAUGGUAGAUAUGCUAGUAGAAUCAUCCAGCAAUGUGGAGAUGAUCCUCAAGUUCUUUGAUAUGUUCCUCAAACUCAAAGACCUCACGUCGUCUGAAUCCUUUCGUGAAUACGACCCAGACGGCAGAGGGCUCAUUACCAAAAAGGACUUCCACCGAGCCAUGGAAGGUUUCAAGCACUACUCUCAAUCAGAGAUCCAGUUCCUGUUAUCCUGUGCAGAGACGGCGGAAAGCGAGCUUCUGGAUUACCCAGACUUUGUGACACGAUUUCAUGAACCGGCCAAAGAUAUUGGCUUUAAUGUGGCUGUUCUUCUGACCAAUCUGUCCGAACACAUGCCAAAUGAUGGCCGCUUGCAGAAUUUCCUAGAGCUGGCGGACAGCGUGCUUAAGUAUUUCCAUCCUCACCUGGGAAGGAUCGAAAUCCUGGGCAGCGGGAAACGGAUCGAAAGGGUCUACUUUGAGAUCAGCGAAUCCAGCCGGACACAGUGGGAGAAACCACAGGUGAAGGAGAGCAAACGGCAGUUCAUCUUUGAUGUUGUGAAUAAGGGCGGAGAGAAGGAAAAAAUGGAGCUAUUUGUCAACUUCUGUGAAGACACCAUCUUUGAAAUGCAGCUUGCGGCACAAAUAUCUGGUUCAGAGAGUGGAGAGGAACUGAAAGCAAAGGAUGACAAGGUGGAGAAGAAUGAAAACCUUGCUGAAGACAACAGGAUGACCAAAGACUUGAGAUGGUUUUCCAUAAGGAACAUCGGAAAACACUUAAAAGGGAUAACCAUGAGGAGUAUCAUCUCAGUGAUGUUCUCUUUCUUCCACAAUGCUCUGUUGUUUAUCACUCGUGCCUUUUUAGGUCUGGUUUGGUUCUUCCUUUAUCUGCUCUACCACAUCUUCUUGAGUGGAUGGAUUAUUGACAUGGCUAAAGAAAUGAAACUGGCUGACCUUUUAGGUGACCUUCGGGAUCCUACCAUGGUUGAGACCAUAGGGUUUGGAGAAGGGGUGGUUAGAGAGAAUAAUACGUGUGAUACACGUGCCUUUUCUUCUCGUGGUGAUCUUAGAGGGAUGAGUCUGGAUCUGUCUGCAGUGUCCAGGGACCCACAGCUUCUCACAGAUAUUUUCGGCUUGUGUUUGAAGAAGGAAGGAGAAAAGUACACACUGUCGAGCAGAGACCAACAUGGCAGUCUGGAUGGAUUUCUAAACACGUCCAAAUAUCAGGUGGACAUCUGUGAGGAGAAUUUUCAUGAGGCGCAAGAGGAGGAUUCAGAGACUAAGAAAGCUUUUGAUGAGGACAAACAUAAAGGGGAAAAGAAGCCUAAACGGAGACUUAGAAAGCUCAGCUCUUCAAAACCAGAUGAGACAGAGGUCCAGGAAUCAGCUGUUUGGAAAACGAUCUGCUCUCAUAGCACCAAACUGCUGAACUGUUUUGCAAGAAAUUUCUACAACAUUAGAUUGUUGGCUCUGUUCUUUACUUUUGCCAUCAAUUUUAUUCUUCUGUUCUACAAGGUGAGUAUUGAUUUCCCUGCUAAAACAUCAGAUUUAAUGUUGUUGGUUUCAUCAACCAUUGAUGAGGAUGAAGAUGUGGAGAUCGCUCUUCGUGACGACAGCACCAAGGAUUCACAGGAAGUUUAUUUUGAACUAGAAGAGAACAGUGGCUACAUGAAAAUGAUUCUUCACAGUCUGGCUGUCCUGCAUACACUCAUCUCACUCUGUUGUAUCAUCGGCUACUACUGUCUGAAGGUUCCUUUAGUCAUUUUUAAGCGAGAAAAGGAGCUGGCUCGUAAAUUGGAGUUCGACGGACUCUAUAUCACAGAGCAACCUUCUGAAGAUGACAUUAAAGGCCAGUGGGACAGAAUGGUCAUCAAUACACCAUCAUACCCAAGUAAUUAUUGGGAUAAAUUUGUGAAAAGGAAGGUGAUGGCGAAAUAUGGAGAGCUGUAUGGAUCGGCACGCAUCAGUGAGCUGCUGGGUUUGGAUAAAGCUGCUCUGGACUUCAGCUCAGAGGCUCAGGAGAGCAAGAGACCCGUGCAAAAGGUUGCCCUCUUCAGAUUAAACCCCAUUGAUGUGAAGCAUCAGAUAUGGAAGCUAGGAGUGGUUUUCACUGACAGUUCCUUCCUUUAUCUGGCCUGGUAUAUGGUUGUGUCAGUUCUGGGUCAUUAUAACAAUUUCUUCUUCGCUGCCCACCUGCUAGACAUCGCCAUGGGCUUCAAAACACUGCGCACCAUACUAUCAUCUGUUACACAUAAUGGCAAACAGCUGGUUUUGACAGUGGGACUGUUGGCUGUGGUUGUGUAUCUCUACACCGUUGUUGCCUUUAACUUCUUCCGCAAAUUUUACAACAAAAGCGAAGACGGUGAACCAGUGGAUAUGAAAUGUGAUGAUAUGCUCUCAUGUUACAUGUUUCACAUGUACGUUGGCGUGCGAGCCGGAGGAGGGAUUGGAGAUGAAAUCGAAGACCCGGCCGGUGACGAGUUUGAGUUCUACCGUAUCAUCUUCGACAUCACUUUCUUCUUCUUCGUCAUCGUCAUCCUCCUUGCCAUCAUUCAGGGUCUGAUCAUUGAUUCAUUUGGCGAGUUGAGAGACCAGCAGGAGCAGGUUAAAGAGGACAUGGAGACUAAGUGUUUUAUCUGUGGCAUUGGGAGCGAGUAUUUUGACACGGUGCCCCAUGGCUUCGAGUCGCACACGUUGCAAGAGCACAACCUGGCCAACUAUCUGUUCUUUCUGAUGUAUCUCAUCAAUAAGGAUGUCACAGAACAUACCGGACAGGAAUCAUACGUGUGGAAGAUGUUCCAGGAACGCUGCUGGGAGUUCUUUCCUGUUGGAGACUGUUUCCGGAAACAGUAUGAGGGUCAACUCAGCUGAAGAAUUCCAUGUCUGUAAUGUUUCCUCUGAUAAUUAGAAGCUGGUGUGUGACUCAGUACUGUUUUGAAUGCUUAUUUUUUCAACACCACAUAUUUAUUUUAGUAAUAUAUUGUAUUGUUGAAUUUAAGGAACCAAGUUGAG